AUGCGGCCCUCGCUCACUCUCUUUCUCCUCCCCCUCCUCGCCGCUGCUCGCCUUCACCAUUCUCUCGUCCCCGAGGACCCCUAUGCCUUUCCGAAAUACCGCGUAACGUUCCUCAACGGCCUCCCCGUCCUCAAUGAGACCGCAGAUCGCUGGCUCCGCGACGGCCUCCAGGGCGGCGAGCUCGAGUUCCUCGACCAGCCCUGGAGGGACUCGACGACCCCUGCGCCCCAGCUGAAAAGCAUCGAGGGCAGCCAGCCCCGGGACGCCAACUUCGCAUCCGCGGUCUCUCCAUCACAUGCAUCCGAUUAUGCUCUCGAACAUAUGAAAAUCGGCUCACGCAUGUCAUAUGUCUGUCUCAUCCCCCCGCCGCCAGAGGAUACCGCAACUGCAGACGAGCCGUCCACUGACGUGACACCAGUUGACAGCUGGUCCCUUUUGCAACCUCUCAUGGGAACAUGCCUAUAUCAAGGCUGGUUUACGUACUCGUAUUGUCAUAAUUUGCACGUCCGCCAAUUCCACGAACUGCUACCACAGCAGCCGCUCCGUCCUGGCGAGUACAAACCGGAAGAAGACACGGAGUGGGAAUCAUAUACGCUCGGCAGAGCUCCCCCGAGUCUAGAAGCUGGAGCAGACCUCACUGUCGCAGAGGAAGCUGCGCGUGUCGCGAACCUCGAGCUCGCCCGCGGGGCAGGCUCGCGUUACCUCGUGCAACGCUGGGGCGAUGGCACAUACUGUGACAAGACCGGUAGGAAGCGUGAAAUUGAGGUCCAGUUCCACUGCUCAAUGACCAUGACGGAUACGAUCCUGUUCGUGAAGGAGACUCAAACGUGCCACUACGUGCUCCACAUUGCGACGCCGCGCCUAUGCGGCGUGCCAGGCUUCAAGUCGCGCGUGGACUCGCGCGAGGAGACGUACAUCCGCUGUCGCGAGGUGCUCGGCGUGCAGGAAUACGAGCACGCCGAUCGCUCGCUCCCCGCCGCAGACCAACCGCUGAAGAAGAUCCGGCGCGAAAAGCCGGUCAUCGCACCGCCGCCGAUCGAGGAGUCUGUCGCGGACACCAAGGUCUCGCCAAAGAAGCACGGCGAUCUGCUGCGGCAGGCCUUGGAGCGUUUCAUGUCCCGCAAUGACGUCGGAGAUCUCGCGGACACAGAGAUCGUCGUGGAAGAAUUCGACGAUGGUGGAGAUGGAGAGGUUAUCAUCCAGUUCAUCGCCGCGGAUGUUGAGGUCGAUGGCGAUGAAGAGGGUUCGGAGACCGUCACGUUCGGCGGGGAAUCCUUGGCAGAGGUGCUCCGCACCGCUGGCUACAAUAUUAAAGGCGAGAAGAUCAGGCAGAAAUCCCCUGGAGAGAAGUCCGAUUCGAAAAAAGAGGAGGGUCAGUCGAAGAGGAAGACAGAGAAGGGCCGAGGACGAGAAGCUGGAGAAGCCAAAACUCAGCGGCGAGACGAGCUGUAA